AUGGCUACCGCCCAGGGACAGGACAUCAUUUGCUGCCAGUUUUGUCCAAAUCCUGUAGAACAUCACUGCAAUCUCUGUCGUGUUGACCUCUGUCUCUCUUGCAUACCAAAACACAUGGCUGACAAAUCUCGGGAACAUGAAAUUGUUGGAUUCACUUCCAGAAAGGAAAAUACUGUAGUUCUUUCAACAUGCCCCAAGCACAAGAAAAAACAAUGUGAAACGUACUGUCAAGAUUGUAAAGUAGAAAUAUGUAUUCAGUGCCUGAUGGGUUUUCACAAAAAGCAUGAAUUUACCGAUAUCACUGAUGUUAUUGAAGAAUAUAAACAGCGGAUAACAGCUGAUACAGAAGAACUGGAAAGGACAAUUGCUCCUAAAUACAGAAAUAUAAACAUAAGUACAGUCACAACAGAGUUUGACAAAGUUAUAUCUGCGAUAAAGGAACAAGAAGAUAAAAUAUGCAAAGCUAUAUGUGAAAGAAGCAUUCAACUUACAGAUGAAAUAAUUAGGCAGAAGGCAGAAGCUAUAAGAAAAUAUACAAAAAAGCAGUCUUUGGCUGAAAAAAGAGUCAAUCAAGUUGUUCAGAAGAAUAAAGAAACCCUGAAAGGAAAUAAUGCCAAAGCAAUACUUAACUAUCAAUCAAGAAAUGGAGAUUUUAAAAAAGGCCCGGAUUUACCAAGUUUUCCUUGUCCAAAAUUACUCACUGGUAUUUUCAAAAAAGACAAAAUUGUUGACAUAUUUGGUUUUCUUCAGAAUGGAGAAGAUUCAGAGAAAAAAUCUGGAAUACUCAAAAUUAUGGACGUCCCUGCUGUACUAGGCACCAUACAAAGUCCAUAUGGAGGAGAGUUUGACCUAUGGAGAAUUCAGUGUGUGGGGAGAGAUAAAAUUUUGAUCAGUGGAGAUGACGGCACAAUCAAAGAAAUGGACAGGACUGGAUCCAUAUUAAAGACAAUGCCUACAAACGACAGUGUCACAGCAUUAACAAUUAAUUUAGAUCAGGAGCCAGUGUUUUCUUUAGGUUUCUGGCAUUUUAACGAUAUAUACAUUUUUACUAAUGAUGAAUUUAAGGUAUUGUUUGGAAUACCUGACUGUUAUCCAGUCGGUCUUUGUUAUACAGUAACUGGAGAUCUACUAGUGAGCAUGCGUUCUAUUGAUAUGACGCAGAGUAGAGUGGUAAGAUAUUCAGGGGACACAGAAAUUCAGAAGAUAGAGUUCGACAGUCAGGGACAGUCUUUGUUUUCUACUGGUGUUUUCAGUGUACUUCUGUUGACAGAGAAUGGCAAUGGAGAUAUUUGUAUUGCUGAUUAUGUUGGAAAAACAGUUAUUGUGGUGGAUUGCUCGGGAGAAUUGCAAUUCAAGUAUACAGGAAACCUCUCCAAACAAUCAAGUUUAAAAGAAUUUAGCCCUCUUAACAUUGCUACAGAUGUCAAUUUUCAAAUAUUGAUAAAUGACAGGUCAAUGGACUGUGUCCACGUUAUUGACUUGUGUGGUAACUUUAUCUGCUACAUAGAACACUCCUGUUCAGGAGGAAUGAGUAUUGACACUGAUCAUAAUCUUGUUAUUGGAAAUGAUAAUACUGGAAAAAUCCAAAUUAUCAAAUACCUAGAGUGA